AUGUCAAAAGAAGAUGAAACGGAUCCGGAAACUGAAAGAAGUGAAGCGGCAGUUGUGGUUCUCGGUGAUAUCGGAAGAAGUCCUCGGAUGUGUAAUCACGCAAAAAUGCUCGCAGAUGAAGGAUUUGAUGUGAAAAUUAUUGGAUUUUACGAUUCUAUCCCUGGCGAUCAAAUCACAAAUCAUCCCAGAAUCAACAUUGUUGGCAUUCCACCACCUCCUGAUUUCAUGGAAAAUCUGCCAGCAUUUAUUCAAUUGCCGUUAAAGUUAAUCUGGAAUUUUCUCACUUUAUUCUUCGCGCUUGCAUUCAAAACCAGUUCUUUCAAUCUACGUGUCAUUUUAAUGCAGAAUCCACCAGCUCUACCAACUAUGAUAGUGUGUUAUCUGUUUUCACUGAUCAAAUGUUCUAAAUUCACAAUUGAUUGGCACAAUUAUAUGUAUUCCAUUCUACAAAACAAAUAUGGAUUGAAAGAAGAACAAGUAUUUGGAAAGGAGAAGAAGUCAAAAAAGGCUCAAAUCGUUCGAUGUGUCUCGUUUCUCGAAGGUCUCUGUGGAAAAUUGUCCGACUACAACCUUUGCGUCACCGAUGCAAUGCGUCGAGACUUGAUGGAACGAUGGGGAGUUAGAGCAAGCACAUUUUAUGACAGACCGCCCACUUGGAAGUUCAAACCGACUACAAUCAAUGAAAUCCACGAGUUGUACCUUCAACUAUCUGAAGCAGAAGAUGGAACGGUUUUGAAGGGAAACGAAGAAAGUGAGACUAUUUUAACUAGUAUAUCCCCUGAUGGAUCAGUCUCUCUUCUUCCAAAUCGGCCGAUCGUAUUUCUUUCUUCUACUUCAUGGACUCCAGAUGAACGAUUCGAAAUUCUAUUAGAUUCUCUUGUUGAGUAUGAUAGUGUCGCAUCGAAGAAUCAGAAUCUUCCAAAAGUUUUGAUGAUAAUUACUGGAAAAGGACCACUUAAAUCAAAAUAUUUGGAGGACAUUCGAGGAAAAUGUCUGAAGAACGUGACUGUGUUGACACCUUGGUUAGAAGCUAAUGAUUAUCCGAAAAUUCUAGCAUCGGCUGAUUUGGGAAUCUCUCUCCACACAAGUACAUCUGGAUUAGAUCUUCCGAUGAAAGUUGUCGAUAUGUUUGGAGCUAAAAUUCCGGCGUUGGCUUUGAAAUUCAAAUGUAUUGAUGAGUUAGUAGAGGAGAAUAAAAAUGGAUAUCUAUUCGAAAAUUCGGAACAACUGAGCCAUCAAAUCGUGGAGCUGUCUCGUGGAUUCCCUGACAACUGCAAAGAAUUGAAUCGACUGAAACAGAGUACAAGAGAGACAAAGUUCGAAUCAUGGGAAGUGAUGUGGAAACGAUCUGCAGCUCCAGCAGCGAAUCUCACUCCACCAGAUGAUGGAUUUGCUAAGCUUCGAGCCACUAUCCAGUUUUCGUUCUUUGCUAUAAUUGCUAUCAUGCUAAUUCACUUUUUUAUGGGAACAUUUUCGGGACUCUUUUAA